ACAUAGAAUAAUACAAGAAGACAGAGUCCUAAGUAGCAUGUACUAAACACACAGCAAGAAAGUAAACCCCUUUUCGUUUCACACUAUGUUGUUGUUGUUCAUUCUUCGUCUUAUGGUUUUUCCACAUAAAUAAAUUCUAUUCCUUCUCUUACACUCUUGUUUUUGUUAGCUAUGUAUAGUUUUCUCCAUUAUUAGGGUUUUUCAUUUGAAAUGUGGAGGUACAUCAAUGGAGUCCUCUGAAUCCGAAUCAGUUAGUUCUCCCACCAAGGACUCUUGCUAAUGGGUAAAACUUUGUCCAGAACACUCGAUCACGAUCCUCAACAGUCAGAUCUCAAUCAUGUUGCCCAAGAUGAUGAUGCACUUAACAGGGAGCUUCAGAACAAGUUGGAUUUGAAGGAUGUGAGUGAGAGUGAGGAUAAAGGUUCGAACUUGGAAGAUGGGGGUGGGAAGUUGAGUGAUGAAGGUGCUGCACCUGAAGGUGGUAAGGGUGAAGGGAGUGAGGAUGAUGGUGGUGGUGGUGGUGAUGAUGUUGUUGGUGUUGUUGAUGAUGAUGAUUGCAAUGGAGGGGACGAAGGGUGUGAUUGGAUUGAGAAUGUGAAUGAGAGUGAAAGUGAUAAGGUGGGUGGAGAUGUGGAGGGAGUAGAUAGCAGGGAUGAGAGGAGCAGUGGGAGAGCUCAACAGUACCCGUUGAGGCCAGAGGCUGAAGACUGUGCGUAUUAUCUCAAAACUGGAAGCUGCAAAUUUGGAUUCAAUUGCAAGUUCAAUCAUCCACUUAAGAGGAAAAACCAGGCUAAGAAAGAGAAUGCGGGAGAAAAAGAAGAACAGGCAGAAAGAUCAGGGCAGACGGAAUGCAAGUAUUAUUUAAGAUCUGGUGGUUGUAAGUUUGGGAAGGCUUGUAAGUUUAAUCACAAAAGGGAAAAGUGUUCAUCCGCAAACCCAAUUGCAGAGCUUAACUUCCUUGGCCUGCCUAUUCGAGUGGGAGAGAAAGAGUGUCACUAUUACAUGCGAAAUGGCUCUUGUAAGUUUGGAGCAAACUGCAAGUUUAAUCAUCCUGAUCCUACGGCUGGAGGAGGUGAUUCUCCUUCUAGAUAUGAUAAUGGAAGUUCUGUUUCAUUACAAGGUGUAUCCCAGUCAUCUAUAUCCUCGUGGUCUUCUACUAGACCAUUAAAUGAAUCCACUCCUUUUGUGCCAAUGAUACUUUCAGCUAAUCCAGGGGUUUCUCCUCAAAGUUCUGAAUGGGACGGAUAUCAGGCACCUGUCUAUCUACCUGAGAGGAAUAUGCAUCUACCUUCAACAUAUGUCAUGAACAACCCAGUUAUGGAAACAAAUGUUUAUAUGCAUCAUCAACAACAAGUGCAGGUUGAAGAGUUUCCAGAAAGGCCUGGUGAACCUGAAUGCAGCUAUUUCUUAAAAACUGGUGAUUGCAAGUUUAAAUCUAAUUGUAGGUUUCACCAUCCAAAGAAUCGGAUUACAAGAUUACCUCCAUGCAGCCUUAGUAACAAGGGUCUACCUUUGAGACCGGACCAGAAUGUUUGCACAUAUUACAGCCGUUAUGGAAUUUGCAAAUUUGGACCAGCUUGUAAGUUCGAUCACCCACCACCCUCAACUAUGAAUGGACUUGAUCAACAAUCCUCGUACUCAAAUUCUGCUAGUGUUGAUGUGUCUGAAAAUGGAGGUGUCAGUGAUGGGAAUCAAUAGUCUCUAUAAACAUUUUCUGGUUUUGAAUAUGCAUAUCAACUAAAGUUGUAAUUUUUAUUUUAAAAAACAUGAUAAAUUUAUUUAAUUUCUCUAGUUAUGCCUAAUGGGGCGCAAGCUUUUCAGAAUAGCAGCAAUAUGUCUGUUUAAUAGAAGUUUUAUUACCAGUAGUAAUAUGUAUAUUAUUUUUUUCUUGAGUU